AUGAAUGAUCGCGGCAAAGCUCCAGCUACGGAAGAUGACCGGAGCUUGGAGGCGUUGUGGACAAAGCACGAGGGCGUCAACCGCCGGCUCGAUGAACUAUCUGCCGAUGUGCAGAGGUUAACGGUGGAAAUCCGUCGAGAGUUUAAUCUCCUACGAACGGGACAGACACCACACCCGCCAUUCCAUAGAGAUGAAACGCCGGCAAAUCGGCCUCAACCCCGACGCGGUGAAAUACCGCCCCGCCCCAACCGUCACAUUCCUGUUUACACUCAGGAGAUAUCGGAUUCAGAAGACGAAGCUCAAAUGGUUCGUGGCAAUGAAGUACUGGAAUCCAGUGAGGAAGAUGAACGCGAUGGUCUUCGACCACGGCACGGAGAAUAUCACAGACGCCGAAGACCUAUGCAGCAUCAUCAACAUUACCCAGCAGAAUUCAAGGUCAGGCUAGACAUCCCUUUCUUUGAUGGGCAUUUACACAUUGAGGAUUAUUUAGACUGGGAAAAGGCCGUGGAAAACUUCUUCGAGUACAUGGAAGUGGAUCCCGAACGACAAGUCAAAUACGUAGCGUGCCGGUUGAAGGGUGGAGCUAGUGCUUGGUGGGCACAAAUUCUACAAAUGAGACAAAGAGAGGGCAAAGGGAGAGUAAGAACUUGGGGCCGGAUGAAACAGUUGCUGCGAGCACAAUUUUUACCCACCGACUAUGAACAGAUACUUUAUAUAAGGUAUCAACAUUGUGUUCAAGGAGGCCGAUCGGUGAGUGACUACACAGAGGAGUUCAAUCGCUUGAGUGCGAGGAACAAUCUCAAUGAGUCCAACAAUCAAUUAGUAGCCAGAUACAUCGGCGGACUUAAAGAGAGCAUUCAAGAGCGAUUGGAGCUGAAUUCAGUCUGGUCAAUGCCGCAGGCUGUCAAUUUCGCUAUGAAGGCCGAGCUACAACAGAAUCGCCAUACCAAGACAACUAACAGUUCUUACAAUAGGCGCCCAUGGCAAGAAACCAAUACAGGAUCCAGUAAGAAUACUCCGCCAGUUAUCAAAUCUCAGACGAGCAAUGCACCAGUCACACAGCCAGCUACGCCUGCCCAUGCGGUGAGCGACGGAAAGGUUCAGGUCAGGAGCAGGCCCGUGACCAAAGACAACCCCUACACAAAACCGAAUACACUCAAAUGUUUCCGUUGCUUCCAACCAGGCCAUAAGUCGAACGAAUGCCCUCAAAGGCAACAAGUGCAGCUAGCUGAAUGCCAAGAAGAUGCUGAACAAGCUGAGAUUGGGGGAGAUGAAGAGGGUGAGAUUGAAGAGAUUCCGGCAGAUGAAGGUGAACCUUUGCUAUAUGUCAUGGAAAAACUGCUGUUAGCACCGCGCCAGCAAAACUUAUCUCAGCGUCACGCCAUCUUCAGGACUCGAUGCACUAUAAGUGGAAGGGUGUGUGACUUAGUAAUUGAUAGCGGGUGCACCGAAAAUGUGGUCUCAAGAUCCGUUGUUCAAACUCUGCAAUUAAAGACUAUCAAAAACACACAACCUUAUAAAAUAGGUUGGGUCAAGAAAGGGGUGGAUAUUAUGGUUACGGAUUCAUGUCGGGUGGCAUUUUCUAUCGGCAAACAAUACGUUUGUGAAGUUUUGUGCGACGUUCUAGAAAUGGACGUUUGCCACCUGAUUUUGGGAAGACCGUGGCAGUUCGAUGUUGGAGCCACGUAUGAUUGCCGCGCAAACGUAUACUCUUUCGACUGGAAGGGUCGACGUCUUAAAUUGCUACCGGGAUUGCCAGAUACUAAGAUGCAAAAUACAGGGCCACCGCAACCAAAUGCAUUGCACCUCGUUACGGGUUCGACGUUGUUACAUUGCUGGAGGGAACCAGCUCCCAUGUUCGCACUUCUGAUUACUGAGCCGAACCCGAUCACAAAACCGUCUGAGUUGCAAGAUGAUUUGAAGGAGCUCCUGCAGGAGUACCGUGAGCUAAUACCUGAAGAUUUGCCGGCUGAAUUACCGCCCCUCAGGACCAUACAACACCAAAUUGAGCUGAUGCCUGGAGCCAUGUUGCCAAACUUACCUCACUAUCGGCUUAAUCCGAAAGAGCAACUCAUUCUACAGGAAAUAGUUGAUAAUCUCCUCAAACAGCAAUUGAUCCAAGUAAGCAUGAGCCCUUGUGCUGUGCCGGCACUGCUAGUCCCGAAGAAGGAUGGUAAGUGGCGAAUGUGUAUUGACAGUCGGGCAGUCAACAAAAUCACAGUUAAGUACAGAUUCCCAGUACCACGAGUCGACGAGUUACUAGAUUGGCUGAUGGGCUCUUCCAUAUUUUCGAAGCUAGACCUCCGAAGCGGCUACCACCAAAUCCGCAUUCGUCCUGGUGACGAAUGGAAGACGGCUUUCAAAACCCCGCAAGGUUUGUACGAAUGGAAGGUAAUGCCGUUCGGUUUAUGCAAUGCUCCAUCUACAUUUAUGAGAAUGAUGAAUGAGAUUUUGAAGCCGUUUUUGGGUAAAUUUUGCAUCGUUUACUUCGAUGACAUACUUGUAUACAGCUCUGACCGCCAACAGCAUUUACAGCAUCUUAAACUUAUAUUUGAAAUCCUUAAAGAACAGAGAUUAUUUGUUAAUCUCCCAAAGUGUGAACUGGCCAUGUCGCAAGUGAAAUUUCUGGGCUUUGUGAUCUCAGCAGAGGGAAUCCACAUGGAUCCUCAAAAAGUGGCAGCAAUCCGUGACUGGCCACCACCGAAAUCCUUAUUUGACAUCCGGAGUUUCCAUGGUCUAGCCAACUUCUACCGGAAGUUCAUUAGAAAUUUUAGUAUCAUCACAGCCCCGAUAACCGACUGUCUCAAAUCUAAGUCAUUUCAUUGGGGACUCGAGCAGCAGAUUAGCUUUGAAGAACUCAAACAGGCAUUGAGUUCGGCAACUGUUUUGGCACUUCCUAAUUUUGACAAGUUGUUUACAGUAGAAACAGAUGCAUCCUCAAUUGGCGUUGGAGCUGUGCUUACACAAGAAGGUAGGCCCAUAGCCUUCUUUAGCGAAAAACUGUGUCCUGCCCGACAGAAGUGGACCGCUUACGAGCAAGAGUUCUAUGCCAUUAUCCGUGCGUUGAAGCAAUGGGAACAAUAUCUGUUACAUCAAGAGUUCAUAUUGUGUAGCGACAAUCAAGCACUACAAUUUAUCAACAGCCAACGCACCAUCAAUCGACUCCAUGCCCGAUGGAUCAUGUUCUUACAACGAUUCUCAUUUACUAUCAAACACAAACCGGGGAAAGAUAAUCGGGUGGCUGAUGCGCUGAGUAGAAAGACUGUUUUACUCACCAAAUUACAGACCGAAAUAACUGGCUUAGAAUGUCUUAAAGAGCUCUAUGAAACAGACCCUGACUUCGGUACUAUUUGGAAGCAAUGUAUUGAUUCGCUGCCCUGCGACGGAUAUUCAAUUAGACAUGGCUUCUUGUUCAAGCAAGAUCUCCUGUGCAUACCCGUUUCAUCUUGGAGACAGCAGCUCAUUCGUGAAGCUCACGGUGGAGGUCUCGCAGCUCACAUUGGCCGUGACAACACACUUAGACAGCUGCAAUGCAGAUUUUUUUGGCCCAGAAUUCGCCGUGAUACGUUUCGACUCGUCGAUAGCUGCCCGGUGUGUCAAAUCUAUAAAGGAGGAAGUCAAAAUACAGUAAUGAGCGCGGACACCUUGACGGCUGAUGCGAUGGAAAAGCGACAUGGUAAUAUUCCGUUUCACGUUCGGGUUUACGGAAUUAGUCCUUUCUGCUCGCUCCACCAGCCGGAAAUGGCGAUCCAAGCUGCGGCGCGCGUUAAUCCUCUGUUCCUCCGCCUCUUCGUAUUGCUUCCCAUCCUCCUGUUCCUCGCCGCGAAAGGUUCCGGUGGCCGCCUAAUCUCUCCACCGGCGGAUGAUCUGUUCGUCUCCGACGGAGUGAACACGGGCGGAAACUCCGGCUACUCGCCAUUUCCGCUUCUAAGGCAAAUCACGAGAUCCUCGAGGUUUUCUUCUGCGGAAGGUUGCGAGCAAACCUAUGGAUUUCUCCCGUGCACUACAACGGUGGUGGGGAACCUAUUUCUUGUUUUGGCUUACGGCUUCCUCAUGUACAAGGCGGCAACCUUCUUGUCUGGGGGAAGUGAGCUUUUGCUCGAAAUCCUUGGGCCUGGGAUCAUCGGUGGCCUUUUCUUACCCAUUCUUGGCGCCCUUCCGGAUGCCUUGCUCAUACUCGGUAAAUUUCGAGCAGUUUCCCUUUUAUCAGUUUUCUUUUUUUAA